CUACCUUUUACUGAGUUGUCAGAUGCGUGCUUAGCAACGCUUAAAAAAGAACACUUCAAAGGCUUUUCAUAUUUUCGGCAGUAUAUCCCAAACAAACAAGAAUUAUUCAUCAAAUUUUAAUGUUGUUACUUUUCUGAAGACAUUUUCGGUCCAGAUUAAGUGUUUUAUAAAUAAAUGCAAAGAUAAGGGUCAACUUUCAUCACAACAGUUCGGUUUGGCUUGGUUUUGGUGAGUUGGAAUCGACACCCACGUCCAUUUCGAAGAUCGAGCGACAGUUUCCCCUGACGCCUCCUGGCGACAUUUAUCGGCGCUCACAAUUUGCCUGCCCCGCCUCCGUUGCUGCUGCUGCCGCUGCCGGUUUUAUUUAUUUUCGCCAACUCGGGGUGACUCACCGGAGAGUCUGUGCCGGGUCUGCGGUAACCGAACGGCUUGGCCAAAGCUCUGUCGCGUCAUCAUCGCCUUGGCUGGUGCCCACACACGAGCACACGAACACACCGCAUAUCAAGUCGCAUCGAAUCGCACCGAAUUCAAUCGCUGAAUUGCUCCACGACUGUAUUUGGCGAUGGCGUCAGAAGGUUCCGGAGCGGUGAAGACCUCAAAGCUGGCUCAAAUGCAGAUGCGUUUCCAACAGCGAACACACCAGGAACAGGAGGCGCGCCGUCGGGAGCUUGCAGCUACCAAGGGCAAUGCCGAUGUUUUGGACACGGCAGGAAAUGGCAAGGUUCGCCAGAUGUUUGAUGAGCGUCGUCGAGGUGCAGGCAUUGACCGCAGUAAUCCUCUAAGGCCCAUCGGAACUCUGCCAUCGCCACCCGCCGCUCCUCAGGUCAAAACACGUCCACAGCAGCCGAUGCAGCGACUAACCAAGGGCGUGUCGGCCAUGACCCUGAAGGAAGCUGCUGCUAGCACCAACAAGCGCAUUACGAGCGACAGCAACAAUAAUAAGUUCGCAACGCCACGGACUGUGAAUCGAAACCUUAAGCCCGUGAUCACCCGAAAAACACCUCCAGCCCAGGAAGCGCCGCGUAGUCCCAGGAUGCCGGCAUCGAAUCGUUUGGAAGGGGCUGGGACAUCUGCAAUCAAUCGGAGAUCACCUCCGCCGCCCCGCCAAAUGACAACCGAUCGGUCGCAUCAGUUCGAGCCAAAAUCUCCUGUCAAAAAGGUCACCAAAAUGGAGGCCCAAGCUCCACCUCCGGAAGGCACAGCCCUGUGCAAGCACUGCGGUCGGCACUUCCUCACUGAUCGCCUGCAAAAGCACGAGACUGUGUGUGCCCGAAUGAUGAGCACCAAGCGCAAGAUCUUUGAUGCCUCCAAGCAGCGGAUUGUGGGUACCGAAGCCGAAAAGUUCAAUAAGAAAGGAAAGGCUGGCCUUCGAUCGCAGGCCAUGUACAGCAGCGCUGCCCAGCAGAAAGGUCUCACCACCGGGGUGAAGAAGAACAAUUGGCGCAAGAAGCACGAGGAGUUUAUCCAGUCCAUAAGGGCGGCCAAGAUGGUGCAGCAGCACUUGGCCCGCGGGGGCAAGUUGAGCGACCUGCCACCACCGCCGCCAUCGGAGAACCCAGACUACAUCCAAUGCCCGCACUGUGGACGACGCUUCAACCAGCAGGCAGCGGAGCGGCACAUCCCCAAAUGUGUCAACAUGGUGCACAACAAGCCCCGCAAUGGUCCCCCGCCGAAAAAGCGCUGAUCUCUGGGUCUGGUGACAGUGGAAAACAUGCCCAUAUUUUUACUUGUGAUAAAGAAGUUUAAUGAUUGAAAAGAA